GCUGAGGGAAGAACUUAAGAGCAGGAUAAAAAGGCUGGUGGCCAGAAUACUUCCAUCUCCUCACCUCUUGAAGUGUCUACAGAGCCUGUGCUGUGUGUCACCAGCUCCUGAGCACUCACCAGCCGAGAUGUCCUGCCAGCAGAACCAGCAACAGUGUCAACCCCCUCCCAAGUGCGCCCCCAAGUGCCCUCCCAAGUGCCAGACACCAAAGUGUCCUCCCAAGUGUCCUCCCAAGUGCCCCCCUGUGUCUUCCUGCUGUAGCCUGGGAUCUGGGGGCUGCUGUGGCUCCAGCUCUGGGGGCUGCUGCAGCUCUGGGGGUGGUGGCUGCUGCCUGAGCCACCACAGGCCCCGCAGAUCUCUCCAUCGCCAUCAUCACAGCUCUGGAUGCUGUAGCAGUGGUGGCAGCAGUGGAUGCUGUAGCAGUGGUGGCAGCGGUGGAUGCUGUGGCAGCAGUGGCAGCAGUGGAUGCUGUGGCAGCAGUGGUGGCAGCGGUGGCUGCUGUGGCAGCAGUGGCGGCAGUAGCCAGCAGUCUGGGGGCUGCUGCUGACUUUGGCUGUGAGGACACCUGAAGAGCUGUGCAAGAGGCAGCCGUGUUCAGGAGACCUAGCCCCACUUGCUGUCCUGUCCUUCUCCUCCUGUCCUGCACGUCCAGAUCACUACAGUACUGAAGUCUAACUGUGGAGGUUCUAAAUUUGUUCUUGGAUUGCUGCCUCCCUUCUGUGUUACAUAGGAAUAAAGACUUCCCCCAUGAUCCUUA